GCUCUGUUAUUCCUUUUGUCACCUUCUUCUCCUUUUCCUCUCUCUUUCUUUACAGAGACAUAUUCUCUCUUUUUUCUCUCUAUCAGUAAAGUAAACCUUGUAAACGACGUCGUUACCUUGUCAUUAUUACCUAUCAAUGCACCGUUAAUUCUGAAGAGAAAAAUAGUAAGAGAAAGAGAUGAUGAGAUCACCUCAGGUUCGAAACGGCGUCGUUGAUACACCUUCGCCGUCGCACUUCCAUUCAAGCGUGUCUGUACAUAAGCUACGGCGUUUCAACAUUUUGGUUAUCGUUUUUCGAUUCGCUUGUUUUUGCUUCUCACUUGCUUCUGCUAUUUUCAUGUUCACUAAUUCUCGACGUGACGAUGAUUUGCCUCAGUGGCAUCACUUCGAUGCCUUCAGGUUUGUGGCUGUUGCUGGUGCAAUUGUUGCAUUAUAUUCACUCUUCGAAGUAGGAGGAUCCGUUUGGGAGAUUUCAAGAGGCGCCACCGUUUUCCCUGAAGUUGUACAAGUUUGGUUCGAUUUCGGCCACGAUCAGGUUUUUGCGUACUUGUUACUGUCAGCGGAAUCGGCGGGAACGUCGUUGGCUCGGACGUUGAGGGAGAUAGACACGUGUACGGUUAACAAUGCGUUCUGUGUACAAUCGGAUAUCUCAAUAGCCCUUGGAUUCGCCGGGUUCAUGUUCCUGGGCUUUUCCUCACUCUUGUCAGGUUUCCGGGUCGUAAGUUUUAUUAUCAAUGGCUCUCGAUUUCAUGUGUAAAAUAAAUUAUUUUCCCCUUCACAUCAAUUAGAGAAAUGUAAUCUUGUUCUUUUUUUUUUUUAAUCAUCCCAUUAUCAACAAAAUAGUACUAUUCCUUUUUGUUUGUUAUUUUGAUAGGAUACAAUUUUUCAGUAAGUUUUAUUAUCAAUGGCUCUCGAUUUCAUGUGUAAAUAAA